AUGCACGCUUUCUCAUCCGUCGAGAUGAAGCGGCAUUCUUCAAUAGCCCCGUUUCCUAGCCUCGCGGUCGAACUGAUUGAGCUCAUCGCGAGUCACUUACAAGGCGAUGGCUUGCUAGAUCUGCGCCUCGUCUGUCGCGACCUGCAAAAGAAGACCUUCCACCAUUUCGCGCGACGAUUCUUUUCCUCGGUCAAAACAGACCUGUCAGAAGAAAGCCUAGGUCGCAUUGAUGCCCUUGCCCAAAAUCAAGCACUGCGACCAUACGUGCACGGCCUCGCCUUUAUGCUUCAGAAUGAAGUUGGGCGCGGCUUGGUCUGGACCCGACAUCCCUGGGGCCCUUUGUCGGCGCCCUUAGAAAUCGGGGCGAUCCGCCGGUUGCGCGAUAAUCUGGUCAAUAAUUUCACAAACUGUCGGUCAUUCUUCGUUUUCUGUCGAUACCCUGAAGGCCAUCCUGAUAUGAAACGGGUCACGAUUUCGGAUGCGGUCGCUGUGUUCUUUGCCUUAGUGGUCGACGCGCAGCUACCAGUCACCUCCUUCCAUCUCAUCUAUGCAAAUAAGUAUUCCCGGACAUUAAUAAUGGAUAUGCGACGCCUACCGAAGCUAUUAUACCGGCAACCCGAGUUCAAAACGGUCUGGUCAAAUCUACAGAAACUUUCCUUAGAGCAGUACCUAACUCUCGAUAAUUUUGGCUUUCUCCUCGAGCUCGUGCUGAGUGCUCCCAAUCUCCACACACUUCUCCUCAAUCUUGGUUCGCAUGAUCUCGCCAGUGAAUUUAUGCAUGAACUUGCGGAGACCGCUGCCUUCUCUCAUUUGCAGGAGCUGGCAUUAUUCCGAACCUCGGUGCGAGUACUGGAUCUCAAGAAACUUCUUGAGGGCCUCCGAGGGAGCUUGACUGCGCUGACAUUCUACCAUGUGUCUUUGUCACGGGAUGAAAACUGGAUGUCUGUUUUCACAGACCUCAGUCGCAAUUUUGGGUCUUUGCAAAGCAUCUCCCUGUACUAUUUGUGGGCCACCGCCCCCACGAAAGAGCUUCUUUCGUUUCCGGAGAUCCAUAAAACACCCGGGCUGUGCGAUCCUGACCAGCGAUUCCAAGUGUUUUACUCGGAGAAUCUCAAGAGCCCGACAGUUCUCGGGGUCGAAUACUCGGGCUCCAAGAUGCCGCAAGUCUUGAGUCUAUUAACUAACAACUAA